UUUCGAUCUUCGUAUUCGGUUCAAAGAUCUCUACCGUGUGAUCCAACAGCCGAUGGCUUCUCUCCGAGGUAUUGAUUUUGGCGUUAGCGGGGAGUCGAACCGUACUAGUCACAACAUCAGCAAUGUACAGGCGACCGCCAGUUCAGGCAACGGAAGUACCGACACUGUCAAACGUCGCAACAGGCACAGCAAUGCUGAUUGGGAACGUAAAAAGCUCACGAUCAUACAGCUAUACGUUGAGGAUGAGCUCAAAACCGAAGAGGUACUUGAGGCACUCAAGGAGGUGCACAAUUUCCCUGUCGGACGCAGAAAGUUCUUGGAUAUGAUCAAGAUGUGGGGCUUGAAGAAGAAUUUCGAGAAAUCGGAAAUGAUGAUCCUGCUUGCAAAGCAAGAUGCUCGUACGCGCAUGGGGCGACAAACAAGAUUCUACAGGAACGGCCGGCUCAUCAACGAAGAGCGGCUCCAGAGGUUUCGUGUUAGAGACCCUGGAUAUCUAGGGGCGCCGGCUUCACCAUCUAUGCCGACGCCCGCAGGAUUCUCGUAUAAAACGCCGAAACUAGCUGAGGACGGUUCACCAUCAUUAGAAAGAUCUAGAACAAUCUCGGCAUUCGAAGAGACCUUCGAAGGCAGUCAUGAUGUUACUACAGUACAAGCAUAUCGGCCCGCUAGGCUUUCGGAUGUGCUAGAUCGGAGCCACAUACAUCAGAUUGGAGCCUUUGCCUACAGUUACUUCGGAAAGCCUCCGAUCACAGACAGCACCAAGGCUUUGGAGCGAGUUAUGGACCUGGGCAAUCUGUUCAUGGAUUGGAUUCGUCAUUCUCCCCCGCUCUUGGCGAGCACCACCAGGAACGGCUCAGCGGCCAGACCAGGGGUACCAAGGUUUUGGUUCAAAUCGUCACAACAGACUCUGAGAUCGGCCGAUACACUGCGCAACAGGAUUAUGCUACAGCUCCAGAACUCAAGUUUCAUAACUCACGAGCUUCUUCAUUUGCGCGAUACCGAGAUUCUGCUUUGGAGGAAGAAAUGGGCGUACAUGACAGCCGAAGAAUAUGAGAGCAUCAGCAACUUAUCAGCUACGCACUUUGGCGCUACAGAAACAUUUUACUCGAAAAACGACUUAAUCCAGGCAUUCGUCACAAUGCACUCUCCCAGAGACCAUAUGUCCUUUGUAUUUCUCGGGGUUUCCAUUGCUGUCAGUCAACACGAAGAUCCUUGUUGUGGCUUCUGCGAAAAAGAUGCCAUGUCUUUGGACAUUUUGUGCAAGGGCAGAGCCCUUCAGGUCAACGUACCGCUCCGGAAUAAGCACACAUAUAUCUCCCAGCCGGAAAACUGGUUGAUCAGCGAGACCACCGAGAGAGGAUCAUGUCUACGGUUUACAAAAGGGUGGUCAGUACACACUUCUUGCAAGCUCCACCGAGACGCUGUUUUGGACGAGCCUUGUACUCUCAAUUACGAUAGCUAUAUAGAGACCUGUCGCUGGGAUCCUGUUGCUGUUUCAGGGCACCGGGACAGUUUUCAGCCGUACAUAUCAUCGGAUCAAGCAUCCAAACAUCUUUGCGAAUCGUUCAGGAUGAACGAAGAAAUACGAAACAGAGAGCAGCAUUUCAUGCCGAAUCAGUCCUCACAAGAGCGGUGGGAUCCUUCAGGUCAAAUAAGAGUUGCUGAGGAUAUAUCUGACAGCGACUCAGAUUAG